GGCUAGCGAGAAAUAUCCCUGAAUUUGUACUUUUUGAAACACAGUGUUACACAUCCCAUGAAUAAAAAUAUUUCAUAGACAGUGCUGAGUGUAUAGUUUCCUUCCGUUUUGAACCUCUGGCAUAUGUCGCUACACACAGACAGCCAACUACAGGUACAAAAUGGCGUUAAAUCAAUACGGAGGAACUUUUAUGGGAUUCAAAGCCAUAAGAGAACAUGGAAUUAAGAAGGGUGUACAGGAGGCCACUCUGAACAAAUGCAAAUUUCCAACUAGUGAUGAUAAGCCAGAAAAGGUUAUAGUUACGCUUUUAUCCAUCGAAAGUUUGAAGCUCCCUGAGCUCGCUCUUCCAUCAAAACGGGAGGUUGUUGUUACUGCAAUCUUUGACGAUGAUACCAUUGAGGAGAGUUUGACCCAUUUGCGUCAAAGUUCACAAACAGUAGAUGCUACUUUCCUUCAUGAUGCUUACACUGCCAAUUUUUCACGUGCAGAGCUGGUCCUACCAUGCUCUGGAAAAGAGUCUCUUGUACUAUACGUAUCAUGUAUUACAACAUUCCACCUAGAGGACGGAACGAAGAGGAUUGAGUUUCGAGGUCACGGAUACACAAAGAAUAUAGCACUAACAAACUGUUCACAAUGGACGCAAUGUAAAGAGGAACUCAAAACCACGGAUGAUGAAGCCGUUCCUGGAACCAAGUUUUCAUUUGAAAUUGUCACAACCAAGGAAGAAUUCGGACCAAAGAUCCCGGAUGAUGUCAUAGGAAGUGUUCUUGAUAAGUACAAGAAGAAUGAUGUAGUCUAAAACCCCUGUGCCUUAUUUAAAGGCUUAUAGCCGCUCCUAGGAUGCUGCAUUGCAGUGCU